AGUGAGACAGGGUGCUAUUUUUGGUGUGGUUCCAGCUUCCGAUUAGUUACGAUCGGUAUGUAGUGCCGCGGUCAUGCUUUUGAUGCGUGCAUGCGUGACAUCGCAAAAGUGAGCAUGAGAUUGCGAUAGAGAAGCCGUCCAGCACGAGCGAAACCGGGAAGGCUACAUUUUCGAGCACCCGGUCGGACCGAUCCAUUACAUGUUCAAUGCUAAAACACAUACAUACCGGGCCCGUAACGACGGGCCAAAACCGUUCCAUACGGGGUACGGCCGGUGGUGGAGGCGGUCUCGGUCGACCCAUACCACCGCUGAACGUGUCGACCGUGUCGGCCAGCUCGGCUGCUACGGUCAACUCGACCAACACCGGACCAUCCGGUGCGGUCGGAACGAAGCACAUGAACGGAGGACCACCGGGACGGACACUGCUCUCAUCCUCCUUCAUCACUCCGUCCACGGGGAAUGGGACCGGCAACAACAAUACCAACAACAGCAACAACCUCCUACACAACGCGUCCGCACUCAGUGGGCUGUCGGUUGCGUUGGGCAACGGAGCGAUCGGUGGAGUUGGCGGAGGCGGCGGAGGAGGAGGUGGUGGGGGAGGCGGUGGAGGAGGAGCGAUGGGCCUGGCUGGAUUCAAUCACAACAACUCGACGACGAAUAACAACAUCCUCAGCAGCACGAUCAACAUGAACAAGGACCGGUUAGGAGCACGGGAAGCAUUGACCAGUCUCGGGCUGCUGUGCUUGGUGUCACUUCUGUUGGCUUUGCUUUCGUUGAUAUUUCUGCUCAAAAUAUCACCCGGUGGCCGUGAUCCACCGCCACCGACAAUCGGUCCUGCCGUCCUGGAGGAUUACGCUAUCGUGUACGAUGUGACGUUGGCCCUGUGCGCGUUGUCGCUCUCGCUGAACCUGUGCUGCCUGCUGGUGUGUGCCAUUCAGUUCCUGUUCGCCGUCAAGCUGGUCCGCGCACCUGCCACGACCGGAAGGGGGAACAAAUACUUACAAAAGUCCAGCGUCAGUCGCGUGUGUGCAGUUGGCGGGUUUUUUAUUUCGAUACCAAUAUUUUUGACCGGUAUCAUCCUGUACACAUUCACCCAGUUCCACUCGACACCGGCCAUCGUGACGAGCAUACUAAUCGGCGUUGGGAUCGUGUUUUGCGGUGGCGCUAUGGUGCAUAACGUGUUCGUCUGGCAGCGGGAAAAGACAAUCAGUGUCCGGCAGACACCGCUCAACCUAAACCUCACCCUUUCGCCACAGAUAAGCACGAUAUCGGCAACGGCUGCUGCGGCUCACCAGUACCAGAACGGACAUGCACCGGGCGCCCAUCAUCACAUCAGUCUGAACCACGUGUACAGCAACCACAACCACACGCCACUCACUCACAACUCGCAGGCGAGCCACACGACACCGAUUACACAGCUAACACCGGUAACGCCCUUGUCCGGGAACCAUUCGCACAUCAGCUUCAACCAUUCCUACGUUCCGCCACCGUACGCGGGUGUACGGGCCGCCACGGCUACACCGCCGACGCCGAAGGUCAUCGGUUCGUUGUUAAAUCGGGAUGCGUCUGGUUCGGUCAGUCCCGGCAUGCCUGGCAGUGGCGCGAACAAUAACAACAACCUAGACAUGAGCAAUGUUACGACUGCCAACUCGCCACACGAACUGUCGACGCUGGUCUGACCGUAGUGACCCACCGCAAUAAAACCGUUAAUAAACUGACGGUCGAUGUAUGGAGAUAACCACAUGAAACACUCGACGUAUCGGCGGUUUUUGCGAUACGUGUUUAGUUGAUUGUUUAUGAACCAUGGAAAGCGCUAUAAGGACGUUUCGAUGUUGGAUAUUUUUUUCAAAAAAAUAUC